AUGGUGAUGAAUGCUUUGCUUCACGCGCUGGCAAGCGUUCCGGUGCCCAAUGUGGCUGGAGCGCUAUUGUGGCCUUAUGAUUGCGUUGUGAACUGGCGAUUGGAGACGUUCCCUUGCCUAUUCGCAGAUCAGCCGCCCAGAUUCCUUCCCGCGCUCUGGACGGUUGGUCCGAUAGAGGAAAGGACGAGGACCGAAUUCUGGCUUUCUGUUGUCUUGCUCUCCCCGGUGCUCAUGGCGAUGCUGUGUGAGAUUUUCCGGAUGCUCACUCUGAUCUUCAAGAAGAAGCCAGGAGAUGCAAGCGCCUUCAACUUGGUGGCUACAUUGGAGUUGGCGGAAGGUCAAGAGGUCACAGCCCGCCAUCCAUUCGCAGGUCCCAAGGGGUGCUUCACGGCGGGCCUUGUCCUGUACCAUAUGAUCUGCGCUGGAAUAACUUGCAUUGCAGCUACUUGCAACUGGUACUCCCCUAAAGGCGUAGGCAACAUUGCCUGGGAACUCUGGGCCUUGUGGCAGCAACUCUGCUUAUGGUCACUGUUCUUCCAAAAUGUGGUUCGUUGCUGCUGGAUGGAUGCGAACGCUUUGCAGAUGUCCACAUUUAAAAGCGUGCUUCUCUACACCGUCCCCAUGGCCAGUGAGCUGUUCGACACCAUGAAGGACUGGGUGAUUACUGGAUUCUGUUUCCUGCAACACAGCAGCAUUGCCGGCUACGUCUGUGGGACCUUGGUCAUUGUGAUAGAAGUCCUUGGUCUCGCUUGCAACUGCUUGCCACAUCAUGUCAGAAUCACGGACUCGAUUCGCAUGAGCCCCCCCGCGUCCUAUUUGAUGUUGUUCUACGGGACAAUCAUUGUGGUAUAUAUGGGUGGAUCGCUGGCAUUGUGGGUUUUCUACAUCAUUUUCUACGUCUUUGCCGGGCUGUGGAUAGUGGUCAGUUCGUUUCCACUUACUACGUUCCUUGUCCUUCUGUUCAUCGUUAUUUAUCUUUGUGCCGACCGUGAACAACCUAUGCUCCUGCAAGAUUUGGUCGCAUGUUUGUGUCCGCUUCUUUCGGGGUGUUGUGCGCUCGUCAUUUUGGUCGUGCUCGUGCUCGCUCCGAUCUUGCCUGGCCUGGCGAAUGACAUGAAGGCAGAUUUGCACGGCAUGUGGCGACAGUUGUGCUUACUCGAGACCCCGGAAAAAUUUACAGCGCAAGUACGUGGCUUCAUCAUAGAUGCUUUGCAAUUCUUGACCAAUGCAGGGCUCUUGGGGCUACUCUCAGUUUACGUUGUCGUGUCUUCGUAUAUCCAGGUGAACCUGCAUGAAGACUGUGCGCAGGAUUUGCGCAAGUCGUACUUUCCCAUUCUACUGCUGCCUUUGAAGAAGGCCCCAAGCGUCUCUGAGACCAUCACAGAGCGGCUGACGCGAGAGGCCAGCAAUUUCUUCGUAGACUUCAUCAGCAGCUCGCGAUUGAUGAUUGCUUGGGCAGAGGACUGCCCACAAGCGUUCAUCGGGGUGGCCCUGAGCAUUCGGUACACCAUGCCUGACAAAGGCAUCAAGGGCCUCGGGUUUGCAGGCUUCUCAGCCGCUGUGAGCACCGCAAAGGCCAUCUUAAUUCCGUUGGGACAACAAGCGGUACUGGAACAGCGACGGAGGGAUGUGAGGCAGGAGUUGGAAGCUCUUGUGACUUCGGAGUCAUUGGACCAGUUCGCAAGGGACUCGCUUACCUCUACAGUGGUCCAGAGGAGUGAAAUAACGAAAAUCCUACAAGGGCACUUAUUGAAUUCGUCAGAGGAUGUGUUGACGCGCUGGAAUGUGGGACUCCGUGAGCUGUUUCAGCCAAUCAUCGCAGAGCGUGACAAAUGGGUGAAGGACAACACACGAGAGAAAGAGCACGAACUUGUUACCUGCCUGCUUCCGUUUUACAAAAAAGCAGGCUUCUCAGCUGACGAUAUGCAAAAAGCAGGUUAUGCUGACCAUGAUUUGAGAGAGGCAGGUUUUUUUUGA